GAACAAACUGACAUGAAUGGUUGUUGCAAAACCUGUAUUCCUCGUUCCAACUGUCAAAAGAAGACAAACACCACCUAUCUGCGGAUAAAGAACUGUAAGUCAGUUGAACCAGUGGAAAUUACAGCCUGUGAAGGAUCCUGUGGACCGUCAUCAUCAAUGUACUCUGCAGAGAGCAACAGUUUCAUGCAUCACUGCACAUGCUGUAAAGAAAUGGCCACCAGUAAGAAGAAGGUGGAAAUGAAGUGCACUGAUGGCAAAGAGAUGAAGCACUUCUACAUUUCAGUUGAUAAGUGUGUUUGCCAGGAAUGUACUGAAAACACCAAAGGCUAACAUAAACAUUUUAAGACUGAAAACUAACCUGACUAAAAUACUCUUAUAAACUUUAAUAUUUCCUCUCCAAAAACUGUUAGAGAAUCAAGACUCAAUAUGUGAAAACCAGCAGAGACACACCUCUGAGCAUUAGCUGAAAGCACGUACCUGAGAACAGUCCAAUACAAGAUAUAUUAGAGCAAAUUAGUAAAAUGCUUAAAACAGCAGUCUGAAAGGCUUCUCUUCCAGUGAGAGAAUUACUUUGAGCUGUUACACCUUCAUAUUUUAUGUCAGCAAUGCUAAAUGGUGAUAAAAUGUUUCCUACACUUCUGGACACUGA